AUGAACACAAACACUUCUGCAACUCGUAUUUCUGGAAGCGACAGUGACAUUAGUGCAACUUAUUAUAUAGAUAUUGCACAAGAUUUUGUUGCCCUUGCUCCUUCUCUCCAGGAAAGAAACCAAUCGCUGUUUAACAGUGCCAAUCAAGCCUCUUCAGACGAAGUCCAUGUCCACGAUCAAGACAUUGGUAGAGCCGAAGAAAAUGAUUUUGAAGCAUUCAUGGCUCCGGAAAGUGUAUAUAGUAUUAGUAAUUCAGUAGAUGUCGAAUUCAACAAUGAUUAUACUGAAACCAAUGAAGCUGAAUACAAUGAUAGUGAUAAUAGCAAUGACUAUUUGUAUGAAUCUGUUCAUAGAUAUUCGCGUAUUCGCAACCCAGUAAAUAUAAACACUCUUCUAAUUGAGUCUGAUUUUGUUACCAAGAACGUGAACCAAGAGUCUUACAUCCCUUUUUAUGAGCCUAAUACAUACGCAGAGGCUGCUACCCUAAAGUUCUUCUCUAUGUUUGUUGAGAAUAACGUAUCUCACAAUGUUUUUGACAAGUGUAUUAAGAUUGUAAAUAAAUAUAUGGCAGAGCAUGGAUUGCCUGCGACAAAUGCACUCCUGUCGUAUUACAAGAUGGACAAGAUAUUGAAGGAUAAAUACACUGUUUGUACAGCCACUUAUGACAUGUGCAUGGAAGGUUGUGUCCAUUUCCGUGAUGUAGAAGCCAGUAAUCUGAUAGACGAGAAAGAACAGUGUCCUCACUGUGGUAGCCAACGGUUCAGAUGUGAGAGAGAUACUCUGGUCUCUGUGCAGACUUUCAAGGUUGUGCAUCUCUCGCAACAACUGAGAUUCAAGCUGGGGAAUAGUCAAGAACAUGCCAAAAUGGCAUAUGGUAGAAGCCAUAUCAUGGGUAGUCGUUUUGGUGUGUUGUCAGAUGUGUUCGACGGUGGUGCUGUCUGCAGACUGUGUGAAGGCAGUAUAGUUUGCCAGGAUGACAUCUUGGUUACCAUGUUCAUUGACCAGUUCAACCCCUUUGAUGAUACCAAGAUGUUGGCAACUAUAAUUCAUGUUGUCAAUCUAAAUAUCGAUUUAAAAGAAAGAUAUGAGAGCGACAACAUGAUGCAGCUGGCAAUUAUACCUGGACCAAAACACCCAAGGGAUAUAGGGUCCUUCCUUGAGCCAAUCAUCAAGGAUUUUCGUAUGCUGGCCACUUCGGGUAUCCAGAUUCAGACUGUUGCCGGACAAAUUAAUAGUUACAGUGUCAAUGGUCCAAAUGUUUUCAGGGAUCUUCCUACACUGACUAGUUCUGCUUUCUUUGGGCUCAAUGAGAUGCAUCUACUUGAACAUGAUAUAGGCAAACAACUAUACAAAGCAUUGGGUGGAAAGCUUAAUCAGAUUGACAGAUCAAUUACCAAGUCCAGGGCAGACAUUACCACAAUAUUUACUGUUAGUUGGCAAUCGCUGGAGGAAACAACCGGUCGACAGAAGGCAGUCAACUGGUUGGACUUCCUUCUGUUUGUUGUGCCAAUGGUGGUGGUAAACAACUUUGUCCUUGCCAAAACCAGAAAUGCUGUGCAAGACCUGGUAAAGGCCUGCGCUAUUGCCCAGCAGUGGAAAGUGACAGAGAGAGAAGUCAACAUUAUGGAAGAGUAA